CUGGUAGUUUCUGCGCCAGUUUCAUUCCCGCCUCCGAACUCAGUGUUUUCGAAAUGUUUGUCGAGUCCGCCACGAAAUAUAAUUCCUGUGCGCCAAUUCUCCAUUUUUGGCAUUGAUUCGAGUCAUUGGAAUGAACAAUUACAAUCUAGUGAAUUCGUGACACCGAUACACACCUCAACAAGAAACUCGAUUAUCUGCACUAGUAACGUAGAUAAAUCCUAUACUUGUGUUCACUGUUUAUGGAUGUGAAAUUCCUACGGAGCUCGGAGAAUCGAUCUUCUGUUUUGAAACUCAAGCACUUGUGCUGACCUCGGAGAAGAAGGCUUAUUGUGAGCAUUGUCAUUUCUGGGAAUUACGAGGGAUUGUCGGAAGUUGAGAUCUCGUGGUCAGGAUGAAGUGAUCGGCGAUUGCGGGAUAUCGUUUAGAAGAUUAUUUAAGGGCUGUAUCGAGAGGAUCAUGUGGGCUGCGGGGUGUAUCGUUGUUUUGGUGGUGAUUCUUGGAUUGGGCAGUUGUGCACCCACUCAUGUGCAACCCAGUGUACCUACGGAUCAGUGUGAUUGGACUGGAAGCAGUGGUGGCGGUGGUAGAGGAGUUCGUCCGGUUUAUUUGCGAUGCUCACGGGGUACAGUGUCUUGGCGCUACCCCCGGGGCGCAUUGAGGGUGGUACUGUCUGGUGGUGGUGACGGCAGGAGUUUUCGUGGCUGCAUCAAAGUAACAGGCCCAGCUCGAGUUUACCUCGAGGGUAAAGGCACACUGAGACCGGUUUAUGCGCCAGGAGAUGGUAAACACGAGGCACUACAUCGUUGCUUCCACUCGAGGGGACAGCUUGCUGCUCUAUACGUGGAGGCGGAUGAGCCCACGCCCGGUCAUACCACAGUUAAACUACGUUAUGAUCUUGAACUCGAGCCAGUUGAUGAGAAUGGAAAAAUAGUCAGGAGAGAUGAGGAGGCUGAGUGUAGGCCAUGCACUAAGGAGGAAUUGGCUGAGACUUAUUGCAAGAGUGAUCUCGUUGCUAGGGGUACGGUUAGCGCUGUUGAGAUACGACCGGAUCUUGAUGCUUCUGAACUUGUCCUCAGGGUGACCAAGACACUCAGGCGGGUCGAGGAGAAUGAGGACAACGAAGUUGAUUCUGGUGAUCUCGGCGUCGAGAGGGAGAUCAGGGUGCGUGUGUCCAAGACCUGCGAUGCUCGUCAUGGUCAUGGGGAAUUUGUGAUAAUGGCGAAAAAGAGAUUGGGUGAUCUGACACUGGCUUGCGCCCCCAGGCUGGAAGCCUGGGCUGAGGCUGUCAGGGAGUUGCAGAGUGCACCCUGUCUCCUCAGGAGCUAGAGGCUUAUUGUAAAAAAAAUAAUAUCGAUGGAGUUUAUUUGGAAUUGUGUAAAGAGAUUGUAUAUAGAUGAUAUAUUUUUUGUUGAUUGUACAUAACGAAAAAUUAACUUGAUGGUAAGAUUUCGAUCUCCAAACUGUGAUAUUAAUUGUUUGUAAGAUGUUUGAAAGAUGCGUCUAUCAUCGCGAGAGCUUUGAACAAUAAAAGAUGUAUUCGAUGGAAAA